AAUAAGACAGUCUCGUGAGUAUCACUUUCUGUUGUGUUGUGCAGCUUAGAGAGAGAAGAAGAAGAAGAAGAAGAAGACGACGAGAGGAUAAGCAGAGCAAACACUGGGUUUUCCUUCUCCAACUAGUCUCUUUCCUUCCAUAUUCUCUCUUCUCUGCAAAUGCAUUUCUAACAUUUGCCCCCCAUCUUUUUCCAUUUUAUUACAACCAUGCCCUCCCGUUUCACAACACCACUCCCAGAUUUCCCGGCGACACCACCACCGCCGGAUCCACCCAACCACCACCGCCACCACCACUCCAACCUCAUCCCAGUCUUCGUCGCCGGAAUCCUAACCCUAACCUGUCUCAUUUUUCUUGCAGUGUUUUACCGGAGGCUGUCGCGGAAGCGCACAGCUCCGGCGGAUCUGAAACCGCCGCCGCACCGUUUUCCUUACUCCCUCCUCCGUCGCGCGACCUCGUCGUUCUCCUCCGCCAACCGCCUCGGACAGGGAGGGUUCGGGUCUGUGUACAGAGGAACCCUCCCGUCCGGGAAGGAGAUCGCUGUCAAGCUCAUGGACGCCUCCGGCUCUCUCCAAGGCGAGCGAGAGUUCCACAAUGAGCUCACGCUCGCGUCCAGGAUCGACACGGCGAGCUGCGACCACGUCGUGUCGAUCCUCGGCUUCUCCUCCGACCAGCGCAGUCGCAGUCGGCGGAGACUGAUGCUAGUCUACGAGUACAUGCCGAAUGGUAGUCUACAAGAGGCAUUGUUGCAUCGGAAGUGUCCGGAGCUCAUGGAUUGGAAGAAGAGAUUCACAAUCGCCAACAACAUUGCCAGAGGAAUUCAAUAUCUUCACCACUCAUGUGAUCCACCAAUCAUUCAUGGAGAUGUUAAGCCCUCGAAUAUUCUAUUAGAUGCACAUUUCAAUCCGAAGAUCGCCGAUUUUGGGUUGGCUCGGGUGCUCACCGGAGAUGAAACUGUUGACAGCUGCUUGGUGGAGAGCAAGAAGAGAGAGGGAAUGGAGAUUGGUGAAGAUAAUGGGUCAAUACUUGAGGAGACUGAGAGUAUGAUGAGUUUGAUGACUACAGAGGAAGUAGUUGUGAAUGUGGAUCUGUCUCCGGAGAGUUGUAUUGGGGUAAUGGAUGCAGAUGGAGCAGUGUCGCCGGAGAUGAGUGCGGUGGAUGCAUCGCCGUCAGAGGGUUUCGACAAGACUAGUGUUUCAGAGGGUUGUUUGGACAGGGUUAGUGUUGAUAGUGGUAAUAGGAGGCUUAUCGGGAGGAAGAAGAGUGGUUCUGGGAGGGAUUGGUGGUGGAAACAGGACAAUGGCUGUGGAGGGUCGGAGUCCGGGAGAGUGAAGGACUAUGUCAUGGAGUGGAUUAGGAGUGAGAUAAAAAAAGAGAGGCCCAAGAGUGAAUGGAUUGGAAUGCCUAGCUUGGUGGAAGAUGGUACGAAGACAAUGAGUAUGAAAAUGGAGCAAAAGAAGAAUCGGAAGAAGUUGGAAUGGUGGGCUUCGUUGGAUGAGGGAAGAAUUCGGAAGGAGAAGAAGAAGAAUAGAAAACCGAGGGAAUGGUGGAAGGAGGAAUUUUGUGAGGAACUGACAAAGAAGAAGAAGAAGAAAAGAGGGCUUCAAUCAGGUAGUGAGCGUAGUGGCAAAGAAUUGUGGUGGCAGAGGGAUGAGGAUUUGGCGCCAGAGAGAAAGAGAAAGAGGAGGAGCAGUAGCAUUGAUUGGUGGUUGGAUGGUUUAAGCGGAGAGUUUCGAAUUGGCAGAAGAAAUAGCCAAGAUUGGACUAGUGGAGAUAUCCCCAAGAGUGGAGGUAUUAGUAGCACACCUAGUAUGAGAGGAACUGUUUGUUACAUUGCCCCUGAGUAUGGUGGUUGUGGGCAGCUAUCUGAGAAAUGUGAUGUGUAUAGCUUUGGUGUUCUGUUGCUGGUUCUGGUUUCGGGGAGGAGGCCACUCCAAGUUCUGGCCUCUCCAAUGUCAGAAUUCGAGAGGGCAAAUCUUGUUUCGUGGGCACGGCAGCUUGCCCACAAUGGGAAGCUCUUGGAUCUUGUUGACCCUUCUAUUCAGUCAUUGGAUCGAGAACAAGCACUACUCUGCAUCACAAUUGCACUCCAAUGUCUGCAAAGAUCACCCAGCAAACGGCCUACUAUGAAAGAAAUUGUUAGUAUGCUCUCGGGCGAGGCUGAGCCACCCCACCUGCCAUUUGAAUUCUCCCCAUCACCGCCAUGCAAUUAUCCUUUCAAGUCCUGAAAAAAAUCCCUGUGAGUUUGUCAGAAUUUGACUCUAAUUUCAUGAACAGUAUAGUGCACUUUUUAGCACAUUUUGUUUUCGGCGUUUUUAUUUAGCAUGUGGAUUCACUAAGGCUAUGACCUUAAAUACAGCGGAAUGGAAACAUAUGAUUCAUGUUACGGAUCCCAAA